CCAAAGUUCAGUACCACCAUCAUCCACUGCAACACACUCCUUUGAUCCAUCAUGUCUGAACGUAAAGUAUUGAACAAGUACUUCCCCCCGGACUUUGACCCGUCCUUGAUCCCUCGAAGGAGGGGUCCAAAGAACUCGCAGCAGGUCGUUCGUCUCAUGGCCCCAUUCUCCAUGCGAUGUAAUACAUGUGGAGAAUAUAUCUACAAGGGCAAGAAGUUCAAUGCUCGCAAGGAAACGGUGGACGGAGAAGACUAUUAUGGAAUUAAGAUAUUCCGGUUCUACAUUAAGUGUACACUAUGUUCUGCCGAGAUUACCUUCAAGACUGACCCCAAGAAUACCGAUUAUUCCGCAGAGCAUGGUGCAUCACGAAACUUUGAACCAUGGCGAGAAGAGAGAGUUGUCGAAGAGGAGGACCGUCUUGCUCGGAUGGAAGAAGAGGAGAACAAUCCUAUGAAGGCACUAGAGAACCGCACCGUCGAUGCAAAACGGGAGAUGGAUAUCUUAGACGCUCUCCAAGACAUUCGGGCACGGAACGCACGGAAUGAGCGUGUGGGGCAAGCAGUGGAUCUGGUUGCUCGAUUGACUGCGGAGGAGGAGGAAACAGAAGAGGACAGGGAGCGGAGACUAGCAGAAGAAGAGGAUGAGAGGCUGGUGAGGGAGGUGUUUUCCAAGGUGUCGAUGCCCGCACCGUCAGGUAGCUCUCCUGUGGCGGCGGAGAGUUCUGGAGAUACAUCCAUCGAACCGACUGCGCCACAACUGGUCACUAUCAAGCGGAAGGCCGAUGACGUCGAGCCUGAUCUGCGCAGUCUUCUUCCAGAAUCGACGCGAGUAUUACUAGAUGCCAAAUCUGUUGGUGCGCCGCCCGCGAAGAAGCCGAAAUCAGAUUUGAAGAACAAGCUGGGCAUCAAAAUAGCGAAGAAGGGCAAGGUGGCUGUUUGACAUGUACGA